AUGUACAAACUAAGUCAAUCUGAUUUAAAUGACCAGGACUUUGGGAAUUUUGAUAUUCAGGAUUGGUGUUUAGAAGCGUUUCCAGAAUUAAAACAGGAAAAUUUUACUAAAUGGUCUGAAAAUACUACUACUAGAUUCGAAAAGCCCGUCUCCGCGACUGAGAUAAGUGCACUGAAAAAAAAUCAAGAAAGUAAAAACACGCGCCGCAAUACUUCAUGGGCAGUUAAAGUGUUCAACGACUGGAAAUCUCAGCGUAACCAACAACAACCUGGCGAUUUUAAAAUCAUUCCCGAAAUCCUCAGAAGUACAUACCAAGAACUUGCGUAUACUUUAUCAUGUUUUGUGAUUGAAACCAGGCGUGCAGAUGAUUCCCCCUACCCCCCGAGAACUUUAUAUCAAAUUGGUUCCGGGAUUCUUCGGUACAUGCGAGAGGAAGGUGUUCAUGAUAUGAACUUUUUAGAUGUCAAAGAUGCCCGUUUCCAUGACUUCAGGAAAACUCUAGACGCGCGAAUGAAGGAGCUAGCAUCCCAAGGAAUAGGAGUGUCUAUAACGCAAGCGGAUCCGUUAACACCGGAACAAGAAGACGUCCUGUGGGAGAAAAAAUUACUGGGAGCGCAUACUUCAAAAAGUUACAUCAACACUGAAUUUCUAACAUUUGUGCUUUGA